AUGACGAUGAUCGUCAAGGCUUUGGUGUUAUGCUUCCUGCUAUUGCUGAUGAUGUGCUCCGCGUUGUUGCUGCGCACGGCGAUGGCUGUCCAGACGAGCUCCAAGACCGCUCAUGCGAUCGUGCUGCUAGUGGCUCUCCUCACGUCGCGGGUGGUCGUGGUGGACCUCAGUGCGAAGAUGUUGCCGCUAAAAGUGAUUGCGUACAUGCUGCUGGCAAUGUUCAGCAUCUUGUUCCGUCUCUGGAUCGGGGCCACGCUGUGGAUCGUGAGGCUGCUGGGCGUCGCCGCCGUGACACCAGUGCUCCUCAAGGCUCUGCGGGUGGCAGUGCAGCUCAGCUGGAUGCAUGUGCCGUGUUUCCUGAAGCUCGUGCCGGCCCUGGUCCUCACAACCGACGCGCUGCUGAUAGUGUUCUUGGGCAUCUGGUGGGCCACCGCCAGGUUCGGACAUCCCGACGUCGCACCCGAUCUCUGA